UAAAAACACUUGAUGGGCACCAGGAAAGGUGGAAGUGUCCCUCCUGCAACUUUCCGCCCUGCUGGAUCCAGAGGAGAUGUGGGUCACCUGCCCCAAUCCUGGCUGCGAAAAGACAACAUGCCGGAAGUGCCGGGGGCUCUGGGAGGAGCACAAGGACAUGACCUGCGACGAGCUGGCUGAAAAGGACAAUGUAAAAUACCGGACAUCAAUAGAAGAGAAGAUGACAGCCGCUCUGGUGCAGAAGUGCCCCAACUGCGCAGUCAGCGUGAUGAAAAUGGAUGGCUGCAACCACCUCUUCUGCCGGUGUGGGGCUGAAUUCUGCCACUUGUGCAGAGGGGCAGCAAAGGGCUACGACCACUUUUGUAUGAUCCACUGCACCACUGGGCCCCGCUGCCGGGUGUGUGGGAAGUGCAGCCUCUGGAUGGACCCCACCGUAGGUGGCUCUUAGAUCUUCUCGGUUUUCAUUUUAAAUCUUCAGUGGGAUAGAGAAGGGGGGAAUGGGGAAAAGAGGACAAAUAUAUAUCAAAUAAGCUUCGCUAUAGUUACCCAAGUGCACAAUCUAUGAGCAGUUUUACUACUACAAAUACUGAAGAUAUUUCUUAUUCAACGUACAAGAAUGGAAGAAUAGUUUAGAAAAUACAUGAUGUAAUGCUGUAUAUUUGCAUAAUAACGUACUUCAGAGAAUAUAUAACAUAAUAUCUUGUGACUUUAUAUAUAUUAAUUUUGUUGUUUAAAAAUGAAAAAAAAUAUAAAAAUGUGAAAAUUUUUCAAAAAAUAUUGAAAAAAUGUAUAUUGAAAAAAAUAUUGAAAAACUUGUAUUUAUUGAAAAAAUAUAUAAAUUGAAAAAUAUUGAAAAAUAUAUAUAUUGAAAAAUA